AUGGAUCGCAUCGAGCCCGCCGGGGGGGAUCAGGGGACGCAAUCCACAGAGCCCACCGAGUCUCCUCCUUCAAGGCCUGGCCCUUCCACUUUGCGCACACGAGGCGAUUCACGAACUCGACGACCGAGUAUUCGUUUGUCUCGGUUCCCAUCCAUCCCCUCACUAGACAACCUCAACCAACCGCAGGAGAGUCAGCCACCCACCGAACGACGUGCCAUCCGUUCCCCUCCUCCCAAUGAAGAAGAUGAAGCAUGGCUGGCUGGCCGAAGGCGCAGCAACUCGGAGCCAAACCCUGGACGGUGGUCAUCCCCUCAGCCGGAUGCGCUCUCACGGGUGGCGACUCCCAUGCGAAUGAUGCCGGUAAGCGAAGAAUCAGCACGCCCAAGUCUGUCGGCAACCUCUCCAGCGUCGAUGCUACCCGAACAAGAGACUGGCGCGAAUACUGAACUAUUUGAAUCGGAACAACCCGAGGCCCCUCCCGCAGUAGCGCGACCGGCGGGUCGGCUUCGGCGCACAAGCCAGGCUGCGUUGAAUCGCUUCUCGCGAAACCGCGCUUCGACGGUGACAGGUGCUCCACCAACAUUGGCUACGCAAGAAGAACAGCAACCAGCAAAUGAGUAUGGAUCUCAUGUAGUAGAUGUGCUGGACGUGAUCGACCCCGAGGUCUCUGCACUAUCCACUCUCACCAAUGUCCAGAACUCUUUGUUCAUUCCCAACUUGGGUGGAUUCAUCAAUCGCAUGCCCACCUAUAACAUCACGCGGCCACAAUAUUCCUCGGAUGAAGAGCAGGGAACUACAACGGAUGAGGGGGAGCUGUCCGAGGAGGCUAAGCUCAAGCAACGACCGAACUUGGAACAACUCCGCCCCUUCACGAGCAUGUCCUCUGUGUUGCGUGGUCCUCGCUAUGCUGUCCUUCCCGAAGGGCACGGGCUUGAAGGAUGGACCAAAGAAGACUUUGCCGAACUGAACGAUCACGUUCGACAUAUGCUUCACUCUCGGCGUUCCAGGUUCAAGCGGUCCAUGAAAGGAUUUGGCCAGUAUGUGCGGAAGCCCCUCGGUUUUCUUGUGACCCUCUACGCAACUUUGAUUACUCUGUUCGGUCUGGCUUGGGUACUUUUCUUGAUUGGCUGGAUCAAUGUCGGCGGAAAACAAUUGUAUGUCGUCAAUGUCAUUGACAACGUCUUGGUCGCCCUGUUUGCUAUUAUGGGUGACGGAUUAGCCCCAUUCCGAGCUGUCGAUACCUAUCAUAUGAGUUUCAUUGCCCACUACACAUUUUUGACUUGGAAGCUCCGCCAAAAGCGAGACUUGCCAGGCCUCAAGGACAAAAAUGAUCUUCCAUCCAAGCCGGAGAAAGACAUUGACGUGGAGUUUGGGGAUACGCCCAAAGAAGACGAACACGAGUUUUCCGUGCUCGAUGCCCGUCAACAGCUUCGAUUAAUGCACCACCAGAAAAAGUUCGCCAAAUCGCACACCUUCUACAAGCCCCACGAAACCUAUACUCACCACGCCUUUCCUCUACGCUUCCUGAUUGCUAUUGUUGUCAUCCUCGAUAUGCACUCACUGCUCCAGAUGGCUCUUGGUGCCUGUACCUGGAGUAUGGAAGACCCUGGAGCACGACCCUUCGCACUAACUACCGUCAUUCUCUGCUGCUCCAUCACUUGCAACAUCACUGGUGGUGUGCUUAUAAUGAUUGGUGACCGGCGGACGCGAAAGAAGGACGUUGUCGAACGGCUUUUCCGCCAGGAAUUGACCGAAGAAGCCAUGAAGAAGAUGGAAAAGAAGAAGGUCAAGGAGGAGCGUCGCAGUGCUCAGAUUGAGCGCUCCAGUGUCCAAAUUGAUCGCCCUAGCGCCCAGAUCGAGAGAAGCAGUGCUCAAAUCGAGCGCAAAAGCGCUCAGAUUGACCGACCAGAGCCAUACACCGCCACCUGA